AUGAAACGACCAGUAGAGGUUGAAGAUUUGGAAGAUUUGGAAGUUCAACCUCAAGUAAAAAAAUUUACAACUGAUAAAACUCAAGCAAAAGGUAAUUUUUCAGAAACUUCUUCUUUGAACAAUCCUCUGAAGAAACAGAAAAGAACAACUCUGGACAAUGAGGAAACUGGUAGAAAAACCUCUAAAGUUUGGGAUCAUUUUUCAGAGAUUACCAGUAAAGUGGGUGAAGUGAAGGCAAAAUGUGGAAAGAUAGAGCAUCCAUCUUCAGAAGAAGACUGGAGAGAUGUGAAUGUAUUUCUCAAGUUUUUGGACAUUUUCUAUCAAACCACUUUGAAGUUUUCGAGUACUUUACAUGUUAAUUCAAAUACUUUCUUUCACGAGCUUUUUAAUCUUCAAAGCAUAAUUGUUAAUUAUUCAAAGUGUGAUGAUUCUCUUUUGACUGGUAUGGCUAAGAAGAUGAAAGGUAAGUUUGAUAAAUAUUGGGGUGAUUUUGAUGAUAUGAAUAUGUUGUUGUUCGUUGCCGUUGUGUUGGAUCCUCGUUUCAAAAAGAAGUAUAUGAAAUUUAUUUUUAAGAAUUAUUAUAAUUCUGUGGAGGGAUGUAGUAAAUCUACCAAAGUAACAGAUACUUUAGCUAUCUUAUAUAAUCAUUACAAAAAUUCUAUUGUUGGAACUUCUUGUGAAACUGUUGUAGAUCAGACUGAUGCAAUGAGUGAAGUUAGUGCAAUGGAUACUUCUGAUGUGUGGCAAUCUCAAUGGGAGAAAUUUCUUGAAAAAGAAAAUAAUAAUGUUGAUGAUAAAUCUGAUCUUGACAAGUAUUUGGAGGACGAUGUAGAGAAGAUUAAGGAUUUUAAUAUUUUAACUUGGUGGAAAGCUUCAUCUGAAAGAUAUACAAUAGUCUCUAGAAUUGCAAGAGAUAUACUUGCUAUUCCUACAUCUACUAUUGCUUCAGAAUCUGUUUUUAGCAUUGGUGGUCGCAUUCUUGAUUGUUAUCGAAGUUCAUUAUCACCAAAGACGGCUAAAGCUCUUGUUUGUAGUCAACAAUGGUUACGUUCAGCAUCUACAGAAUGCAAGAUUGAAGAUCUUUUACAAGAAAUGCAAAAUCUUGAAAUAGUUGAAAAAGGUAUUAAUUUACAACUUCUAGUUAUCAUGAAAGGAAACUUUCACGUCCGAUUUUGA